UUGUAAUUACUCCUUUCAACAUACACACUCUCCAGUCUCCACCGCUUCCCAGUUUCUGCACUCAGCUCGUGUAUACUUUGGCAGCAAGCCAUGGACGAAGAAUUCUCCGUUGAUCCCUCUCAGCUGCUCGAAGCUGCUUCCGACUUCGCUCAUCAACCAGGUGCUCUUUCCGAUGCUUCAGCUCAGGAAUUUCUCACCCGGUUCCCUCUCCCUGCUAUUAUCGGUGCUCUGCAAACCAAUGCGGAUUACCCUGGUCUGGAAACUGCUUUGGUGGAUUGUUUGGAGAGGCUGUUCAGGACUAAAUAUGGAGCAUCACUCAUCCCGCAUUAUAUGCCUUUCGUCUUAGUUGGUCUUGGGACGGAUUCUCAGAAAGUGAGACGUCUGGCCUGUAUAGCUAUAUCAUGUCUGUUGGGACAUACAGAUAAGAGGAUUGCUGUGCAACUAGUUCUUCAACAUGAUGUUUAUUCCCAUCUGCUCAGUUGCUUGACUGAUGGUGAUGAACAAGUAGCUACUGCAGCAACAGAGGCAAUUAAAAAUUUGGCUGGCUAUCCAGAGGGCUUGGGGAUUGUCUUUCCUGCAAGUGUUAAUGAAGCUACACACCUUGGGAAUCUGGCAGCAAAAUGUUCAUCUCUGGGAAGAGUUCGAGUUCUAGCCUUGAUAGUAAAGCUCUUCUCCAUUUCAAGCUCAGUGGCAUCAGAAGUGUCCAAAUCAAAUCUUCUGAGUCUAUUGGAGGCAGAAGUCAGAAAUACAAAUGACACUCUUGUCAUUUUGAGUGUGCUGGAACUUCUAUACGAGUUGACGGAGGUUAGGCACAGUACAGAGUUUUUGUCAAAAACCAGCCUUCUUCAGCUGCUUAGUUCUAUAAUCAGCAAUGGUGCUGCAGAAUCCAUUUUAAGAUCGAGGGCAAUGAUGAUUGCUGGUAGACUUCUGUCCAAUGAAAGUGCUUUUGCAUUCAUUGAUGAAUCUAGUUUUAGAACUGUUCUUUCGGCUAUUGAUAGGAGGUUCGAGUACCUGGAAAGUCAAGAUGCAGAUGAAUGUGAAUGUGCACUUGAAGCAUUGGGUCAAAUUGGAUCGUCAUUCCAAGGAGCGACAUUAGUUCUAUCAACUUCACCUCCUAUUGCUAGACAUGUUGUUGAUGCUGCUUUUGACCGGCAACAACAUGGUAAACAGCUGGCUGCCUUGCAUUCUCUUGGAAACAUUGUUGGUGAAACACGUACCGGAGAUACUAUGGUGCUGAACAGUAGUGCAGAAGAAAAUCUUAGGAGCUUAAUUUAUGAUAAAGCGUCCAAAACAUCUAAGCUGACUCCUUUGGGCCUCCUCCUAUCAGGGUUAUAGAUUGAUUACUGGAUUGGUGGCUCGAACUUGGUGCCUGAUGGAGAUUAUCUCUAGACCUGAGAUAAUCAAUAUAGUGACAGAUACAUAUACAGAAACAAAAAAGAUAGGGAUGGAAGCUAGACAUAGGUGUUGUGAAGCAAUCUACAGGGUCUUCACGUCAUCAAGUAAACUUAUUAGUGAUCCUGCUUUUGCUGGCAUGGCUUCAAAGCUACAGGAAGCAAUCAGAAGGGGUCCUUAUGGUGCAAGAAAGCAAGCAGAAGCUCAACCAGUGGUUAUGACUGCUGACAGAUUUUAGUUGUACCAAUAGGAGUUAACUCAUACUUCUGACUAAUUAUCUAUGUUUGUAAUGUACGGUGUUGUGGAGAUUCCGGGUCUUAUACUAAUGUUACUUUGUGAAUAUUGUUCGUUUAGGAGAGCGAAAGGAUGUAGCCUCAUGUGAGUUGUCUUUGUCCGCCUGGUAAAGUAUCAGAAGCGACACUAUAAUCUCAGCACUUUAUUUGUUCAUUUCAAGUGUAUUUGCAUAUUUGAAAUGUUGGUAUUCUUAAUAUUAUCAGCAAUUUGGGUAA